AUUUUCUAUUUGUCAGUAUCUAGUCGUUGACUUUUCUACUCUAAACAUGAAUAAUAUGCAAAUUUUCGCCACCUUUUGCACUUUGUUUUUGGCCCAAGCCCUCAUCAUUCACGCUAAGCCUGAAUCUAAAGCAGCUGAAAUCCAAGAUGCAGCCGAUGUAGCUGAAAAAGUCUUUGUAAAACUCAUGGCAGUCAUUCACAAAGCGUUAGAUGAAGCUUCUGCUUCUUUGAAAGCAGCCGUACAGACAGUAAAUGCAACUGCAACUAAGUUAGAAGAUAAAGCUCAUGACGCUUUUGAUUUAGCUAUGAAGCCUCUCAAUGCUAAGCUAAAGGAAUUAUUGGAAGAAGCUAAAAAACUUGGAGCAAACACAACUGACUGCGAACAUUAUAUUGACGACCUUACCAAUCUACCAAAUAAUCUUGGGGAUAAUAUGGUAGAAUGCAUGACGGAUCAAAUAUUCAAAGCUACCGGUUACGUAGAUGAUAUUCUAAACCAUUUACACGAAAUCGAACAGAGGAUGGCGAAUUAUACCAACAAAAUUCAUGAUUGCAAAGGCAAAAUUUGGAAGGAAGUAAAAUGUUUGGCACAUCUAAGCGCCGAAAUGGCCAAAGACACCGUCGACGUUCCUUUGAAAAUUGCUGCGGAUGUAGGAAAAACUGUUUUAUUGAUUAAUACAUUGAUUCCCAAAGUGGGGCUGUGUUACACUACAAAUUUGGCCCAACUUCCAACCCAAGGACUGGAUAUUGUAGGCAAAUUUGCAAAAUGUGUUGGAGUACCACAAAUUUAAGUGGGCUAUUGUUAUUAUGUUAUUGUAAGAGAACUUCAAAGUUGAAUAUAUAAUACCUACG